AUGGGCAGCUCCGGUGCCGGCAAAACAACACUUCUCGAUGUCCUCGCCAAGCGGAAAGACAGCGGCGAGAUCCACGGAUUGAUCCUAAUUGAUGGUCGCCCACAGGGAAUCAGCUUCCAGCGCAUGACAGGCUACUGCGAGCAGAUGGAUGUGCACGAGGCCACGGCGACGGUCAAGGAGGCUCUGAUUUUCUCGGCGCUGCUGCGUCAACCGGCUCAUGUGCCGAGGGAAGAGAAACUGGCGUACGUUGAGCAUAUCAUUGACUUGCUGGAAUUGCGGGAUAUCAGUGAUGCGUUGAUUGGAGUUCCCGGUGCCGGAUUGAGUAUUGAACAGCGGAAAAGAGUCACGCUCGGCGUGGAAUUAGUUGCCAAACCGACUCUACUUUUCCUUGAUGAGCAUACCAGUGGCCUGGAUGGACAAUCGGCGUACAACAUUGUCCGGUUCCUGAGGAAGCUUGUCGACGGAGGACAGGCUGUUCUUUGUACCAUCCACCAACCAUCCGCCGUCCUCUUUGAAGCGUUUGACUCGUUACUGCUUCUGGCUAGGGGUGGGAAAAUGGCCUAUUUCGGAGAGACCGGCAAAGACUCGCAGACCGUCCUUGACUAUUUUGGCCGUAACGGCGCUCCCUGUCCUCCUGACGAGAACCCUGCUGAGCACAUCGUCGAAGUCAUCCAGGGCAAUACAGAAAAGCCGAUCGACUGGGUGCAGCUGUGGAACGAGUCGACGGAAAGACAGAGUGCUCUGGCCCAGCUCGAGGGGCUCAAUCGACUGAGCAAAGCAGAUCCAGAAAACGUCGAAGACACGGCCGAUUUUGCCACGUCAAAAUGGUUCCAGUUCACAAUGGUGCUGGAACGGCUGAUGGUGCAGCUAUGGCGGUCGCCAGACUAUGUCUGGAACAAGAUCAUCCUGCACGUCUUCGCAGCACUUUUCAGUGGAUUCACCUUCUGGAAGAUCGGAGACGGCACGUUUGCGCUGCAGCUGCGGCUCUUUGCCAUUUUCAACUUCAUCUUCGUGGCGCCGGGGUGCAUCAACCAGAUGCAGCCGUUCUUCCUGCACAACCGAGAUAUUUUCGAAACAAGAGAGAAGAAGUCCAAAAUCUACCACUGGAUCGCCUUCAUCGGCGCCCAGGCGGUCUCCGAGAUCCCCUAUCUCAUCCUCUGCGCCACGCUGUACUUCGUCUGUUGGUACUUCACCGCCGGAUUCCCCGUAGAGGCCAGUAUCUCAGGACACAUGUACCUGCAGAUGAUUUUCUACGAGUUCCUGUACACAUCGAUUGGCCAGGGGAUUGCUGCGUACGCGCCAAACGAGUACUUCGCCGCCGUGAUGAACCCCGUGCUCAUUGGCGCAGGGCUGGUGAGUUUCUGCGGUGUAGUGGUGCCGUAUACCAAGAUGCAGCCGUUCUGGCGAUACUGGCUGUACUACCUCGACCCGUUCACGUAUCUCGUGGGUGGCUUGCUAGGUGAAGUCCUCUGGGACGUGCAGGUAACCUGCGAGCCCUCCGAGUAUGUGCAUUUCAACGCGCCUGCGGGCCAAACCUGUGGCGAGUAUAUGAGUGCGUUUCUGAGUGAGCAGCCGGGGUAUUUGCUUGACGGGAAUACCACUGCUUGUGCGUUCUGUCCGUACACCACUGGAGCGGACUAUGCGAAGACGUUCAACUUGAAUGAGAAGUACUAUUCAUGGAGAGAUACGGGGAUUACGGCGCUGUUUUGCAUUUCCAGUUACGCGAUGGUGUUUCUGAUGAUGAAGUUGAGGAGUAAGAAGACUAAGAGCGCGCGCAGUGAGUGA